AAGGCUUCCAAUAGCUUCCCAUUCCUCUGAGACUAGGAGUGCUCAUUUCUUCCCAGACGCCUUGGACAGCAACAGAAAAGAGGAGUUUCACUGCUCGUUUCUCUUUCGCCUGCUCAAGACUGUCAGUCCAGUGAAGCAUCAAAAAACGUAAAUGACUGAGCAAUGACAUCUCUGCAGACAUGUCCUCUUUCAUUGCUGCUUGUUAUUGCAGUACAUUGUUCCAACUCGCUUGAAGACAACAAGAUCCCCAGUUUGUGCACCGGAAGCCCAGGUAUCCCAGGAUCCCCUGGACUGCACGGCAGCCCUGGUCAGCCCGGCAGGGAUGGACGAGACGGUCGUGAUGCUCGACCCGGAGAGAAAGGGGAAACAGGGGACAGAGGAGAACCAGGUCAGCCGGGCGUGAGGGGCCUAGCGGGAGACCGAGGUGAUCCAGGAGAAAAAGGAGAGAGAGGAAGUCCGGGUGAGUGUGCGGUGGCCCCCAAAUCAGCUUUUAGCGCCAAACUGUCUGAGUCCCGCACAAGCCCAAUGGCGGUAGGGGACGCGGUGCACUUCGACAAAAUCAUUUUGAAUGAGCAGGGGGAUUACAAUCCCGAAACGGGACGAUUCACCUGCAGAGUGCCGGGUGUUUACUACUUCGCCGUUCACGCCACAGUCUACCGCUCCAGCUUGCAGUUUGACCUUGUAAAGAACGGACACACUGUGGCCUCCUACUUUCAGAUCUUUGGUAACUGGUCCAAACCAGCCUCUCUGUCUGGAGGGACACUAGUACACUCGAUUCCAGGAGAUCAGGUGUGGGUGCAGAUGGCCCUGGGCGAGUACACUGGUUUUUACUCCAGCCCGAAGACAGACAGCACUUUCACUGGUUUCCUAGUGUACUCAGACUGGAAAGACUCUGCUGUUUUUGCAUAGAUUUAAAGUACACUGCAACUAACCUUUCUCUGUCUAAUAAAGGUUUCAUGAAUUAGAAAAAUA